AUGUCUUCUUCACGUAAACCGUCCAUAGUGAACCCGGAGGCAAGGGAUGUCUACUUUGGCCAGGAGGUGGUGAACAGAGUGUCGUUUUUGAGAGAGGACCUGGACUUUGUGGGCAAUGCCGUGACACAUCCUUCAACGAGAUUUAUCUUCUAUUCAGAUGGGAACCCCUUUGUAAACAAGGCAGCUAAAAAGGAAAGAUUGAUUGUGCUAACUAAUGGCGACAAUCAACUUUUAGAUGAAAACACUCCUGGUACUAAAAAGGGGCUUUUCAACACGGGAUCUUGGAAGGAGAUUGUGGAACGCUGGAGCUCAGAUAACAAGGAACAGCUGCCUCAAUUGCGAGACAAGGGCAAACCGACGUUUCUCUUUUUGGGUUUGAGGGAUGAGAGUGUAGGCCUUGAAUUGCAUCGUCUCAAGUGCGAGGAGCCAGAGUGCUAUCUUGAUCACCAGGGAAGGUAUUUUGGUAUACCGUUUUUUGCCGUGGAUGUAUCAACGGCGCCUGAAGUCAGUGCUUUGGUUAAAGAACAUAUUGUGAAAAAUGAAGCCUCCAUUUCAGAAGAAGACUUGAUCUUUUCAUAUUCAAGAAAACACACUAUGGGGUUCACAAGUGCAGAAUCGUCGCUUUUCAGUCACGGCAAGAUGUAUUUCGAUUGGCUCUAUCGUAACAGAUUCUGUCCUGGCUGCGGUACAAAGGUGAUCCCUAUUCACGCUGGUGGGAAGUUGAAGUGCACCAAUGAGGAGACCACCGGAGAAGGCGACAAAAAACGGUAUGUGUGUCCCGUGAGGAACACAAGAGUGUCGAAUGUUUCGUUCCCACGUACCGACGCUGUCGUGAUCACUGCCAUCACAAACAGAGAUAGAACCAAGAUCCUCCUCUCGCUCAACAAGAGGUAUGCCUACUCCAAGAUGUACUCGUGUACUGCGGGCUUCAUGGAGCCAUCGGAAACAGUUGAAGUUGCAGCCAAAAGAGAGAUUUGGGAGGAAACAGGUGUGAUUUGUAGCGACAUUCGAAUCCAAAUGACACAACCAUGGCCCUUUCCAGGGAACUUGAUGAUUGGGUGCAUAGCUACAGUUGAUUUUAACGGAGAGAACGAGAUUGUGCACUUGGACCACGAUCAAGAGUUAGCCGAUGCAAGGUGGUUCGAUGUCUCUUUCGUCAAGAAGCUAAUUGACGACGUAGAAGAUGAGGAGACUCUAGCAGAAGGGAUAAUUUUACCAUCUGACGUGUCGGUGGCCUUCCACUUGAUCAAAGAGGUUGUGGAGAAGAGUAGCCUGAAGCUUUGA